AGCAAGACACGCGGGAGAGAACAUAACUAGGAAGAGUGAACACCUUUUUUAGGAGCUCAGCGCACACAAAGCGGCGAUGCAACAGACGUGUGCAGGUUUUUAGGUGGGAUAUUUUUGUCCAUUUAUUGAAAAAAGUUUGGAGGGGGAAUGGCAUGUCUUAUGGCAGCCUAUUCUGUAAAUAACGCCACUGUCACUAACUCCAUCAUAAUGAACACCAAUGGGCCUCCUGAUCUGAUGCUGGACCCCAGGACUGUAUGUGUAUCUAUCGAUGAGGUGGUAUCCAAUCAUGUGAGCAGUCAACAGACUCCAUUAUUACACGGGCAUCUCAAGAAAGUGGAGAACAGUCUAACUGAAGCCCAACGUUUUUCCUACCUGCCACGUCGACCAGCAGUUAACAUUGAAUUCAAAGAUGUCUGCUAUUCGGUUCCAGAGGGACCAUGGUGGAGAAAGAAAGGUUACAAGACCCUGCUGAAAGGGAUCUCUGGGAAAUUCACCAGUGGCGGCCUGGUGGCCAUCAUGGGUCCCUCAGGAGCUGGGAAAUCUACCCUGAUGAAUAUUCUGGCCGGCUACAGGGAGACAGGGAUGAAGGGGGAGAUCUUGAUCAAUGGGCAGCCUCGUGACCUGCGCUCUUUCAGGAAGGUCUCGUGCUACAUCAUGCAGGAUGACAUGCUUCUGCCUCACCUCUCAGUACAGGAAGCCAUGAUGGUGUCUGCUAAUCUGAAGCUCCAGGAAAAGGAUGAGGGCAAGAGAGACAUGGUGAGGGAGAUCCUGACGGCCCUGGGCCUGCUUGAGUGUGCGAAAACCCGAACGUCACAUCUUUCAGGGGGGCAGAGGAAAAGGCUGGCCAUCGCCCUGGAGCUUGUCAACAACCCUCCCAUCAUGUUCUUUGACGAACCCACCAGUGGCCUGGACAGUUCCUCCUGCUUCCAGGUGUUGUCUCUGCUGAAGGCCCUGGCGCAUGGUGGCCGCACCGUCAUCUGCACCAUCCACCAGCCCAGCGCCAAGCUCUUUGAGCUCUUCAACAAGCUGUACGUCCUUAGCCAGGGCCAGUGUAUCUACAGAGGGAAAGUGGCUAACCUGGUCCCCUACCUUAGAGAGCUGGGGCUCAACUGCCCAACGUACCACAACCCUGCAGACUUUGUGAUGGAGGUGGCGUCUGGGCAGUACGGAGAUCAGACGGCUCGUCUGGUGAAUGCUGUGCAGGAGAGGAAAUGUGAGCAGGUCUACAAGACAGACAUGAACAAUGGACCCCUCAACCCCUUCCUGUGGCACAAAUCUUCUGAGGAGGACUCCUCUUCCGGUGAGGGCUGCCACGGUUUCUCGGCCAGUUGUCUGACUCAGUUCUGCAUCCUGUUCAAAAGGACGUUUCAAUGCAUCAUUAGAGAUACGGUGCUGACUCACCUAAGAAUCUCCUCUCACAUUGGGAUUGGGAUUCUGAUUGGCCUGCUCUACCUGGGCAUUGGCAACGAUGCCAAGAAAGUGCUCAGCAACUCCGGCUUCCUCUUCUUCUCCAUGCUCUUCCUCAUGUUUGCUGCUCUCAUGCCUACUGUUCUGACCUUCCCUUUGGAGAUGGGAGUGUUCCUAAGAGAGCACUUGAACUACUGGUACAGCCUGAAGGCUUACUAUCUGGCCAAGACUAUGGCGGACCUCCCCUUCCAGAUAGUGUUCCCAGUCGCCUACUGCAGCAUCGUCUACUGGAUGACGUCCCAGCCACCUGAUGCUGUGCGUUUCAUCCUUUUCUUGGCCCUGGGAGUCCUAACCUCUCUUGUCGCCCAGUCUCUGGGCCUGCUGAUAGGAGCGGCUUCCACCUCGCUACAGGUUGCCACGUUUGUAGGUCCGGUGACUGCCAUACCCGUACUACUUUUCUCUGGCUUCUUCGUCAGUUUUGACACAAUUCCGUGGUAUCUUCAGUGGAUGUCAUACAUUUCAUAUGUCAGGUAUGGCUUUGAAGGUGUCAUCCUCUCCAUCUACGGCCUGGACCGGGAGGACCUCCACUGCGACAAGGAUGAAACCUGCCACUUCCAGAAGUCGGAGGCCAUCUUGAAAGAGCUUGACGUGGAAGAUGCCAAACUGUACCUUGACUUCAUAGUGCUCGGCAUGUUCUUUGUGACCCUCCGCCUCCUCGCAUACUUUGUGCUGCGCUAUAAGAUCAGUGCAGAGAGGUAGACUGUAGAGUGGGGGUAGGAGGAAGAAGGCCCAGAUCGCUUGCAAGCUGGAAUACCGCUUCUGGAGACCUCCAGGCAGUGUCCCAGAAACACACCAUGCACACCAAACUCUUGGCCAAAGACUACAGAAUAUAGACGCCCGUUGUGUGGGUGUGCAUGCAGUAUGAAUCUACUUUGCUUAGACAAACAAAGAUGGCAGAGAGGAGCUCAGUGCCUCAGGCCAUGGCUGAUUCCCAAUAUUACAAGACCAUUCUUGUUUAAAAACCAAAACCAUUGGUUUAUUGAAGGCAAGGCUCCUGGCACAGUAGGAAUCUAGAUGUAAUCGCCUUGUGCAGUAUUUGUUUGUGCAACGGAACCAACUAAGUAAUGUAAGACUUUGUUGUUGAUAGGCUCUUGUCUAGUCUGUAGUUUCCAGACUGGUUUGUAUGACCACUGUGUGAAACUAAUUAAAAUAAAUGGCUUGGUGGAAGGACAAUGGGAAGACAGGGCCUCACUUAAACAGGAGCUGUAUAUUAUAAAGGACUGCCAGAUCAAAUGGGGCUCUAAUCCAGGACCCUCAGUAAAUAAAGUGAAAUGUACAAUAUUGCUAGUUGCUAAUAUGGGAUAAAGCAAUCACGUACAUUCCGAGCAUGUGAGAGACUGUACAGUACCGGUAUAUAGUUUAUCUGGGGUGAGUUUCCCGAAAGCGAACGUGGCAUGUGGUGCUCGACAACCCAGCCUCUCAGGCGCAAGCGAGUAACAUCUAUGCUUGAACAAACGAAUUAAUCAAAUCAAGCACGUUCUACGAGUGCUGUGGGCGUGCGUCUGGGUUUUUGAGAGAAAUAAAGUACCACGUUAGCAUCCCUGGUCAGAGGCCUGUGGUUGUGAUUAUAGGGCUUGAAUAGUUUCAGGAAGAUAUGGGGGAUUUGAAUUCUGAUGUGACUGUGGCAGGCUUAACAUUACAGGCCAGAAUCCUAACCUGAGAUCUGAGCAUGUAACGCCAAGUUAAGCAUUACAUUAUCUCAAGCAUUACCAACACAGCUUAGUUUGAAUGGAAUGGAGGAUACAUACUAUUUUAGUCACUCACAGUCAGUCAUGUAAAAGAGAAUUGAGAGUGAAGAGCAUUUUACACUAGUUAGUCCUCUGUCACAAAAUAAAAUCAUAACGAGACAUUUUCACUGCAGGAAUUAUGGGCGCAGUAGCGCGAAAGGGCUGGAUUUUGAUUAAUAAAUAAUUUGGAGGCUUGACCCCUCACUGGCCAAUCAGAACGUGCUCCAUGGCUAAAUAUGUGGUUGCUUCAAGUUGUGUAUUUACAGUCUUUUAUGUUUUGCAUUGUCAUCAAUGACCAAUUUGAAUGUUUGUCCGCUAUAGCCUAGUUUGUUAAAUAGCCUACAGAAACAAAAUAACUUUGCUAAAUACGUUGAACAUGUUGGCAGUCCACAUUGUUCUAAGUAAUUGUAUUGCUUAAAUAUGGACAUAUUUUGUUAAACAUAGCAUUCACACUGAUAUAGGAGCUAGGCCUACUGUAAAUGUCAUUAUGGCUGAGCCAUGGACAUGCCAAAGGUUGUCAAUGAGCAAGAUAAAAUUCACUAUUGAUAAGGCCUAAAAAGAGAGUGAAUAAUUCUAAUCAAAUUCUAAUCAAAACAAAACAACAAGUUGUUUUAAGUAGGCUAUGUCUAAAUACAGUUAGGCACCAUAAUUGCUCCCCUUCGGCAUAUAAGAUUAAGGCACAGAAGCUGGACAAAGAUCCGAUAUAAAGAGAAUGUCCACUCACCGUUAUACUGCUCCCAAAUAUGUUUUAUAAACAUAACGGAACCAUUUUACAGAUCGCAUUCACACUUCUCCAGAAAUAGCAGACGGCUCCUAAAUUCCAUUGCAUGCGAGCUGAACGUUCUCAUCCUAAAGCCAGGCCGGUGAAUCAUUUUAAUAAGUUUGGUUUUUAAUCAAAUAUUUUUUUUUAACAACUAUAUUUCUAAAUAGCUUGAGGUCAGAAGCAUGAUAUCAUUAAAAUUGACAGGAUAAAAAAGACUAUGGAUUGCUGUUGAACCAGCCUUCAUUAUAAAUUAGCUACAGUGAUGU